AUGUCAGAAACACGAAUUGUCGUAGUUGGUGCAGGAGUAGCAGGUCUAACGACAGCACUUCUGCUGUCUAGAAUUGCCAAAUACAACAUCACUGUGGCUGCAAAGCACAUGCCAGGUGAUUACGAUAUAGAAUACGCAUCUCCGUGGGCUGGUGCAGAUUAUCUGCCGGUUUCUGCUCCAGGUACUGAGGCUGCAGAGUGGGACAGAAAUACCUGGACAGAGUUGGAAAAGUUAGCCAGGCAUUCGCCUGAGGCCGGCGUGCAUUUUCAAGAUGCCUUCAUAUAUAGUCGUAAUACAGAUUUUGAGGGCAGCGAGGGUUCUGCAUUAGGAAAGGCGAUGUCUUCAGAUCCAUGGUACAAAGACAUCGUACCAAAUUUUAGGAAAAUCCCCAAAAGUCAACUCCCAGCAGGAUUUGAUGACGGAACCUGCUUCAGAUCCGUCUGCAUAAACACAGCUAUAUAUCUGCCGUGGCUCACAUCAGAGUGCCUUAAAGCAGGGGUUGUCUUGAAGCGCGGAGUAUUCGGGCACAUUUCUGAGGCGGCACAUACGCAUCACUCGGGUCAGAAAGCAGAACUAAUAGUCAAUUGUACAGGGCUUUCAGCCGGUAAAAUUGGUGGUGUCGAAGACAAAAGCAUGGUACCCGCUCGGGGACAGACAGUGCUCGUCAGGAAUGAGGCCAUUGGUAUUGUUGGUGGUUCUGGAACCGACGACGGCGAUGAUGAAGUCUGCUACGUUAUUCCGAGAGCUGCGGGCGGAGGUACAAUACUUGGUGGCUGCUAUCAAGAGGGUAACUGGGACUCCCAAUUUGACCCGAAUUUGGCAAACAGGAUCAUGAAGCGAGCUGUAGAGCUUUGCCCUUCUCUAACAGACGGCAAAGGAAUCGAGCAUCUCAGCGUUAUUCGUCAUGGCGUUGGACUCCGACCAGUUCGUCUCCGUGGUACUCGGAUUGAGAAAGAGAAGAUCAAUGGGGUCUGGGUUGUCCAUAAUUACGGGCAUGGUGGCUAUGGGUAUCAGUCCUCGUAUGGCUGCUCUCAAGCUGCCGUGAAGCUUGUGGGAGAGGCAUUAGCUGUCCGAGCAAGACUUUAG